AUAAAGUCGUAUCACUGGGCUGCAGUCGUCUUUGCUUUGUUUGUAGAUUAAAGGUCCAGUCUAACGUCUGCUGGCCAGACAGGUAGGGACAUAAAACCUGGAUAUGGGCAGGGUCAUGACGCGUCCCUCCCACAUGACCCUCACUGGGUCAAACCGGAACCAGUAAGGUAGAAGCGUUUCAGGAUACAUCGUCUGCCAUGUUUGUAUUCCAACGAAUUUCAACAAUAUUGAAACAGUGAUAUUUUUGUGUUUACAUACCCUUCGGAGGCCUAUGUUGGGACAGUGACAGCCAACUCGGGGCACUGGUGUACAGUAAGUGUCGACCGGACGGAGUUUUACAGUAACAUCUGUGUUUAUUAGUGUGAAAGAUAAGGUUUUUAAAACCAAAAAAAAAACGGUUUCAACGACGUGAGGGAAAGAGAGCGUGACAUUAUACGUUGAGUAAUCAGAGAUGGGAACACGUUUGUGGUUAUCACCGACAGUGAAAAUACAUGGAUUUGUACACUUUUGGAGGUAGUGGACACUGACUACGACCAUGUAGACUACAUAGAGACUACACCAUGUGGGACGACAGAAAAUGUAUAUACGUCAUUAGGUAUACGGGUACCCGAUGUAGAUUUCGGACGUAAAUAUUGACUACUUGGUAUGUGACAGUGUAGGCAAACUGAUCAAAAUGGCACCCAGAUAUAUAAAGUUGCUCCUCCUCAUUUCACAAUUGAUCUUGUUGGGGUACGGGGUCGGAGGUCAUGAGCAGUGCCGGGCAAGCCCUUACGAGAUAAAUACGGGAGCCAACGCCAUGUUCGCUGUGAUCAUGAGUACCCGACAGAGUAGUGGUUCCGGCGAGUGUGGGAGCAUCUAUAGCGGGGCCCUCCACACCAUGUCAACAAUACAGUGGGCAGUCAACAAGAUCAACGCCGCAAAAUACGUCCCUCUAAUCCACCUCGGGUUUGACAUGUACGACGACUGUGGGAUAGAGCGGUACAGUGCGUUUGGAGCCUUGGACGCCGUCAGCACCAAGUUUCCUAAGGAUAUCCGCGAAUGUUACGGCGACGGGGCCUACGAACUGUUUCUCGGAGUACUGGGAACCUCUCGGAGCCAGACCACGUCCAACGUGCUGAACAUGCUGGGAAGUAACAUUCCUGUGAUCAGUCCGUUCGCAACCCUCCCAGAAUUGGCUAACUUUCCGAACUUCCUCCGUACUACUCCGGCGGACAACGACCAGGUCCAGGUGGUCAUACAGUUACUGAAAGAUUUGAACUGGACGUACAUCGCGGCCCUCUACACCAACGACAACUACGGUUCGAGUGGUAUGGAGAAGAUCCUACAGCUGGCUCGAGAGAACGGGAUAUGUGUGGACGUUGUCCAGGCCAUUAACUCUACCGAGAACUUCGCCAACAUCGCAACACUCGAGAACUUCUUAAAUAUCCUCAUCCACCAGAAAAAACAGACAAAGAAUAAAACGCUGGGAAUCGUGUACUUUGGUCAGAAGAACGUCAUUGAAAGAUUGCUUAUACGUCUGAAUCAGUUACUUACUAUAGAGUACAGAGGUUUUCAUUGGAUAAUGUCCGACUUUGUAGGCACGAGCGUUGAGGUAUUCAAUGACGCGGAUGACGUGUCUGAUGGCACUAUCACGGUAUCUACGUCAUCAGUGAUGAUACAAGAGGCACAACAAUUCUUUGAGGACAAGUGGAAUGCAGCUUUAACUACUACCAACCUAUCGUCCCCGCUAGAUAAACUAAUAGCGGAGUACAGGACGGAGAAUCCUACCGCUGGGAUAGACUGGAGGAAUGACUUCAUUAUGCCAAUAGUGGACGCUGUGUAUGUUAUAGCCACGGCACUCAAACAAGCGCUCUUCAAAAAAUGUCGAAACUAUACGAUUAUUUGUGACGGCUUUGAAGAUUACUUAGACAACGAAUUUCUGAAUAUUAUGAAGAAUACUACUGUUGAUUAUGGUCUGUUAAACUAUACUGCCGGGCCGAAGGAACUAGUUGAUCUAGGACGGCAGGUUCGGUUCGACCCCCACGGUAACAUCCUUCCGGACAGGUCCAGCCCGCUAUAUGAUAUUAAUAUGUAUAAUGUAACAAGGAAGUCCUUCGUCAAGGUGGGAACUUACAAAAACACUACGCUGUCUCUGAACUCCUCCCUCCUUGCCAGUCACCAGCAGCUGUCGUCCUGUGCUAGUAACUGCUCCAACUGUACCGUCCUCCCUCCCAUUCCCUAUAAAUAUGUUGAUGGGGAUGUUUUAUUGAUGGGCAUGUUUUCUAUCCAUGAUCCCAAAGACGAAGAACACGCAUUUGCAUGUGGAAAAUUUCGAAACUACACAUUAGAUGUUAUAGGACAGGAAUCAUUUUUUCAUGCGAUAUACCGCCUUCGGAACCUCACUAAGAUACAGUUUGGGGGUAUAUCCUUUGAUGAUUGCUACAGUUCGACCGUGGGCAGUCUGACAGUCACUCAGUUCCUCUCCGGUACCACUAAACUACCUUUUGGUUCCACUGGUCAAACCAUCGAUCCCACAAAGGUGUUGGGAGUUAUCGGCCCUUACCCGAGCGGCGUCACUGUUCCGUUGACCUUACUCUUCUCUCGUCUAAAGCUUCCGUCGGUAUCCUACGCUUCUUCAUCUCCUGAUCUUGAUGACGUCAUCAACUAUCCCUACUUCUUGAGGACCGUUCCGAGCGAUGUCACACAAGUGGAAGCCAUGGUUAAAAUCAUAGAACAUAUGGGGUGGAAACGGGUAGGUAUGUUAUACGUAAACAAUAACUAUGGGAGCAAAGGAAAGGCAUUGUUUAUGGAUAAGGCAGCUUCCAGUGGGAUAUGUGUGACCACUCCCAUAGAAAUGUCAGAAACUGGAAACCAGAACGAACUCUACCAAAUAUCUUUAGAUAUAAAAAGUAAAGGAGAAGAAGUCAUAGUGUAUUUCGGAACGGAAGCUAGAAUUGUCGAUUUGUUGACUGAAAUGAAAAGAAGGGUGGAACAGAACUCUUUUCGGUAUGAUUUCGUGUUCUUGGCCAGUGAGGAUUGGGGGGACAGUAACAACAUUGGGUCUAAACUUGGAAGUGUGGCUAAAGGUGCAAUCACCUUUAAGUUCGAAAUAAAAUCUGCCGAUGUCGGAUUCGAAGACUAUCUUAGAAAUAGGAAACCAGUGUUGGAACCCACCAAUAGAUGGUAUCGAGAAUAUUGGAGGGAAUAUUUUAAUUGUGACCCGGAGGGAGACUUUGAUAAGCGGAUAGGGAAGACCUGCAGCAAAGACUUACAGUUCUCUCAACAGGACUUGUCCAACUUCGUGGACGAUCAGCGGGUAAUUCACACUAUGAAUGCAGUUUACGCCCUGGGACUAGGACUGAACGAAGUCAAGGACUUAUGUCCGCCGGACAACCUCCAUGGGUGUCAAUACCUAAAGGAACAGCCAGAGGAUGUGGUCAAACAUAUCCUCAACAUCGAGCUGCAGUCCGGCAGUGAAAGCUUCCCCAUCUUCGACGAGAAAGGCAACGGGAACUUGGGGUUUACCAUUCUGAAUCUCCAGGUGGCCGGCCAGGAUACUUAUGACUACUUAGAGGUUGGCACCUACAAAGCUGGGAGAUUGGAUCUAUCGAAGAACCUGUUGAAAUUUUACAACCAUAACGGUUCCGGAAGGGAGAUAACUGCUCCGUGUGGCUCAUCUUGCGAGUGUUUCGUCACCACCACAUUUACCACAACAGAGGCGACGACACAGGGGCCAACUGUUACAUCUACAGCUGAAUACCAAACGUCAACUAUCGUCAUAAUCGCUGUCGUGUCUUCGUCGUGUCUUCUCCUCCUCCUCCUCCUCCUCAUCGUCGUCGUAUGUUUCUGUAAACUUCGACGAGAAUAUGAUGGUCCAAAUGCAUCAAAACCUCUCAAGCGGUAUUACAACACACCGAGUGAGCCCUCGGGAGGAGGUAUCAGCCAGGUCAGUAAGCCGCCCUCCGACAUACAGUUCAUCAACCCACAGGGCAUGAGCAGUGACAUCAAGUAUAUGGGACCGGUGUCAACCUAUGACGGCGAACAGAAGGGCGGUAUAGCUAAUGGACCAAAGGGCCAAGUGAACAGAGCUUUCUCCGACCCCUAUUUACACCCGGCCAUAGGGUCUAACAGUAGUGAACAAAUGUAUAGACAACAGACACCGAUGUCUGAGGGCUACGACCAGGGUCGAAAUGACUACAGGAGGAACGAAUCUCCAGUAAGGUGUAGGAACAGGGAACCUGUCACCAAUUCGUCUCCCAUGAGCGAAUCCAAUACCAGUAACUAUCGUCCGGAUUUACCACCCAGGGAAGAGGGUAUUCCGAAUCUCAAACAAUAUCAGUUACCUAAUGGCUACCCUCGAAUGGGGACAAGUCAUGUGAUAAACGGUUCCCCUCCCGUCGGGAAUUCCCCUACGGAUUCCGAUCACGCGCUUCUUAACCUUUUAGCAGGCAAUAACAAUGUGACCCCUACUGACGACUCGCCAGUAUUCAGUAUGUCAGAUCAGGGAUCUCCAUUUGGAGAAAUGCAUGAACGCGACCGGAAGGCACAAUUCGCGUCGCUUAAGAAAAAACAAAAACGCUUAUAUAACCAGACUGCCAUGGAGGCGACACAGUCUGUGGAGAAGAUAUCUCGAGUGUAGCACGACACGACAACGGGGGUGUACAGUAUAGCAUACUACAUAUAUACAACACAACAGUGAAGGAGUGUGUGAAAGUCAAUACUAUACCUGUUAGUUGUGUA